AUGAAUUUAAAUUUCCAGGAAUAUCAACGUCUUCAUUCAAUAAGUGAACAUCAAAAAGAUCUCACCCAACGCAGUUCCCCUCCAACAUCUUAUCCUCGUUGUGGUUCAGAAUUUUUUGCUCGGGCAUCAGCUAGAGGAUUCCCAACUUCUGCUUCGGAUACAAGAUUGUCUGGUAAAAUAAAUCAUCAACAAGUAAAUCAACUUCCAUCAAUUCCCAAAAAUAAAAAUCAAAAUGUUUUGGAUACUCGAACAAAUCAAAACAUUGGAAGCCCUCCAACAACUGACAGAUCAACAAAUAAAGCUACUUUAAAUUACACACAAAUUCCAGCUGUUUGUGGAAGUCGUACUUUAAGUAGCCAUAUUUUAUGGAGAAGUGCUUGUCGUCGAGAUAAUGUCAGUCAUCUUCCAACAGCUCCACAACAAGUAGCAAAUAGUUCAAAACAACAACCAUUUAAUAGAACAAAUCAACAAUUUACUGGUUUUCCUGAUGGCAAUAAUUCUUUUGAUGCUGAUGAAUUUUUGGAUGUGAGGGAUGAAACCCACACGAGAGACUUUCGUUACCCUUUUUCUGAUCUUUUAAUUUGGGCUGUUUUAACAAAAAGACACGAUAUGGCUAUUUGUAUGUGGCAACAUGGACAGGAGGCUUUAGCUAAAGCUUUGGUAACGUGUCGUUUAUAUAAAAGUUUGGCUAAAGAAGCGGCGGAAGAUUAUUUGGAAUUGGAAGUUUGUGAAGAAUUGAAGAAAUGUGCAGAAGAAUUUAGACAAUUAUCUCUUGAUUUACUUGAUCAUUGUUAUAAAGAAGAUGAUGCUCAAACUUUACAAUUAUUAACAUAUGAAUUAGCUUAUUGGGGAAGAGAAACGUGCCUUUCACUUGCUGUUUUGGUUAACAACAAACAAUUUUUGGCUCAUCCUUGUUGUCAAAUUUUGCUGGCUGAUUUAUGGCAUGGUGGUUUGCGUAUUAGAAGGUUUAAAUCUCGUGAGGAAUUAAUGCUUCAACCUCAAACGGCUGCAGAACAUCAAGAAGAUAUUAAUGAUUCUUCCUCUUCGUCAUCAGAUUCUUCUGUUUCUUCGCCCUCUUCUUCACCGUCAGAAAGCGAAAAUGAAGAUGCGGAUUCUGAUUAUGAUUUAUCUGAGAAGACUGGUGGAGCUUCUUUGAGUGAUAGACGACGAAGAGUUUCUUCUCGAGGGAGUAUGCAAUCAUUAAAUUUUACAUCGAUUUUUCAAAGCAAGAGGCGAAGUAAGCGUUCUUCCCAUAUAAAUGCCUCAAAUAGCCUCAAUACUCAAGAUUUGGAGCUUGGGAAAGUUUCAAAUCAAGACGAACCUUCUGUUGGACGGAGCCGUUCAAAUGUGCGAGAAUUGCGAAGGCCCAAAACGAAAACCAGAGCUGAACGACAGAGGAGAAUAAAUGCUAGUAAUGCAACUACGGUUGGUGGUCAAUCAAUAAUUGAAACAGGAGGAGGAGAUACAUCACCAUCAGAUUAUUCCCUUUCCAAUCAAAUUUCAAAGCCAUCACUUCCUCUUAAAUCUUCAUUAAAACUUCCAACAACAGUAACACCUUUACAUAUAGACGUUAAUGCUUACCAUCAUCCUCAAUUUUUGUUGGGAAAUGACGAUAUUGUUACGAGUGGAAAAGAGGAAGAGAAGGAUUCUAAUUCGAUUCAAAGAAAUUCUACUUCUACAAUUUCCGAUGAAGUUGUUAAAUUAUCUGUGGAUAAAGAACAAGAUAUUCCUUCACCUGAUCAAAACCCUUCAGAUAGACCUUUUAUUCAUCAAACAAAAUCAUUUCCCUUCAACAACCGCUGGAAAUUUGUAAAGAACAUUGGAGCUGGAAUUGCUACAAACGAUAAACCAAAAACAAUGGAACAUCCUAAUAGCAGGUUAACAAUUAGUGGAGGACAUGUACCAAAAGGAAUUCCUUUGCCAGAGGGAGUGACGUUAAAUAAAAAGGUUUUUCUUUCUUUUAUUUUUCUAAAUGAUUUUUCUUCUCACAAUCAGCGUCAAAUAAAAUUUCGUCGCAAAGUUUAUGAAUUUUUUGUUGCUCCAAUAACAACUUUUUGGGCUUGGAUGCUUAGUUUUGUUGUGUUUUUAUCCACCCUUACAUAUGUUUUGCUUAUUCGAACUCCACUUAAACCAACAUUUUUGGAAUGGUAUUUACUUGCUUAUGUUGUUGGUUUUGGGAUUGAGACUGUUAGAAAGUUUGCCAUGUCUGAACCAAAAAAAUUCUCAGAAAAAAUCCAGUACUUUUUUGGUAAUUAUUGGAAUUUUCUUACAACAGUUGCUAUUCUUGGUUUUGUUGUUGGUUUUAUAUUUCGUUUGAAUCCGUCAACAAGUAGAAGUGUCGGACGAAUAAUUUUAGCUGUUGAUUCUGUUCUUUGGACAAUUAAAUUGCUCGACUUUUUGGGAGUCUUUCCACGUUUUGGACCUUAUAUUACAAUGGCUGGGAAAAUGAUUAUGAAUAUGAGCUCAAUUGUUGUUAUGUUGGGAAUUUCUUUAUUAGGAUUUGGUUUGGCACGUCAAUCAAUUACAUAUCCAAAUGAAGAUUGGCAUUGGUUAUUGCUAAGAAAUGUUUUUUAUAAACCUUAUUUUAUGUUAUAUGGAGAAGUUUAUGCUGAUGAAAUUGAUACUUGUGGAGAUGAAGCAUGGGACGAACAUCUUGACAAAAACAUUUCUAUAUCUACAGCAUGGACUCAUCGUGAUAAUAGAGACAAAGAACUUGCUUGUGUUCCUGGCCAUUGGAUUCCUCCAAUUUUAAUGACUGUAUUUCUUUUAAUUGCAAAUAUUUUAUUAAUUAGUAUGUUAAUUGCUAUUUUUAACAACAUUUUUGAUUCAACAAUAAAAAUAUCUCAACAAAUUUGGCUCUUUCAAAGAUAUCGUCAAGUAAUGGAAUAUGAAGCAACACCUUUUCUUCCACCUCCAUUUACCCCAAUUUAUCAUAUUUAUAUGAUUUAUAAAUAUUUAAAUUAUCGAAAUGGAUCUUUUUGUAUUUGUUUUGCAUUUUUAACGAGACAAUUGAACAACAGAAAAUUUUUUAAACGAAGAAAAGAUAUUUUGGAAGAAGAACCAAAGGAAGAAAAAUUGGAAGAAAAACAACAACAAUCAAAUAAAAAUGAUGAAAUUAAUAAUAAAAUACCUCCACUUGCUAAAAAUGCUUUUGAACAAAGACAAAAUCUUCAAGAAAGAGCCAGAAAUUAUAAUAAACAAGAACAAUUUGCUCUUUUUGAUUUUUCUUUGAAACUUUUUCUGACUGACGAACAAGUCGAAAAAAUUCAUGAAUUCGAAGCUGAAUGUAUGGAAAAUUUAGCUCGUGAAAAAGAACUUGCAAGAAAUCGUUCUAAUGAAGAAAGGCUAAACAGGACUUGUGAAAGAACGGAGGCAAUUUUGCGUCGUAUGGAUGAUUUAGUUUCAAGAGAAACAAUUCAGAAGAAUGUAAAUACUCUCGAAAAUAAAGUGGAAAUAAUUCAAAAUACACAGUCACAAAUUCUCGAGUGUCUUCAACAAAUAAACUCGGUGAUACCAGCUUUGACCCAGUCUUUACAGAUGCUUAACUCUUUCCCAGUACAACAAUCUAAUAAUACAGAACAACAAUCUCCAAUUCCUUUAAUCCGGUCAUCUCUAAAUAAUAAAGACAGCUAUUAA